CCUCGGGAACCCUAAAGAAGUCAGCGCCGAAGAAGAAAAGCUAGUGUUUCAAAUCACAUUUGAUUUUUAAUUUUUGUUCUUGCCGUUUGUUCGUCGUUGCUAAAUCAAGAAGGCUGUGAGUUUUUUUUUUUGUAGUUUUUGUUUUUUUAAAGAGGCCACAGAGAGGAAGGGAGGUGUUUUGGACGGCUGAGAUGGAUCGGGAAGGAGGAUAUCACGGUGGAUCUUGUUAUUACUCCGUUCUUGGAAUUCGUAAGGACGCCUCUUUCUCCGAUAUCCGUACUGCCUAUCGGAAGCUGGCUAUGAAAUGGCAUCCGGACAGAUACGCCACAAACCCUGGUGUCGCCGGCGAAUACAAACGCCGGUUUCAACAAAUCCAAGAAGCUUAUUCCGUUCUCUCCGACCAGAGCAAGCGGUCAAUGUACGACGCCGGCCUCUACGAUCCCUUCGAAGAAGAAGACCAAGACUUAUGUGACUUUAUGCAGGAGAUGGUAUCAAUGAUGAAUAAUGUGAAAGACGAGGGGGAUAGUUUUGAGGAUUUGCAAAGGAUGUUAGCGGAAAUGGUCGGCGGAGAUGACAAGAACGCCGAUCCAACGGUGAGGAAGAGAACACGUGUCACGGCAUCUAAUGGCAAUGAGGCUAAAAGAAACAGUUCUCGCUGUUGACGCGUGGCAAACUUAAUUUUAGGGUUAAUUCUUUCAUUUUAUGGGG